UCAUGCUCUCCGCUCUCCGCGCUUCUAUCAACAACUGGUUGUCCCGCCGCGGACGCAGCCUCGUGGACUCCGCAUACUCGCUUUUCUCUUGUUCUUCAAGACUGCCAACAUUUCAAUGAUCACGAAAGUUGGUUAGCCUGCCAAUGCGCUCGUGUGUUUUCAUUUGUAUUCUGGAUCAUCGUGUUUUGAUGUUUGUAACAUAUUGAUGGUGAAAUGGUCACACUAGAUGAAACUUUUGAGCAGUUUGAGGAAGAGGAAACAGAUGUUCAUUUGGGAUCCACCCUUUCCGGAAGGAAACGAUUAUUUUCAAAAGAAUUACGGUGUAUGAUGUAUGGUUUCGGCGAUGACCAGAAUCCCUACACGGAAAGUGUCGAUUUACUGGAGGAUUUAGUAAUAGAAUUUAUCACAGAAAUGACCCACAAGGCUAUGGAAGUUGGACGCACAGGAAGAGUUCAAGUGGAAGACAUUGUAUUCCUUGUAAGAAAAGAUUCAAGGAAAUAUGCAAGAGUCAAAGACCUAUUAACAAUGAAUGAAGAAUUGAAGAAGGCUAGAAAAGCUUUUGAUGAAGUUAAAUAUGCUGGUGAAACACCUGUUUCGUAAUUUUUUUUAAAUUUCUUCUUCUUCUUGGAGUUGUGCAAGUAAACUCAUCUGGUCAUUUUGAUGGCAAGAUGGCAGCUAGUAUGAAGAUUGUGAGGAGAAUAAACAUUACAUGUACCCAAUGUGUUGAUAAAGAAUUUUGUCUUGUUUGAUUUAUUUAUCAUCCCUAUUUCCUUCGACUUUUUGUAAUGUAAUUUGUUGUAAAAGUAUGCUGCAAACUUUUUUUUUGGAGAAGUUGGAGAAGUUUUUUUUUGGAGAAGUUGUAUUUCUAACGUUAGUUUAGGUUACAUAAAGUUGUUUUUUCACCCUAACAAUUUGCAAAUAUUUUCUUUCAAUAAUACAAUUUUAAUUUAUUAGUUGCAAUAAAAGAUGUUCUAUGAGUAAUGGCAAAACUGGCAAGUUGUUUUUAACUUUUAAUUUUAAGAUUGGAUGUCAUGUAAUAAAUUGAAUUGUAUAUAAAUAUGAAAAUUUGGAAAUAUUACAAUACUCAAUGAAGUCAGCAUGUUUCUUCAUUUUUUUUCAAGAAUCCUCUCUCUUACAACCUAAUUUAAAUUCAAUUUGAAGCUGGGCCAUUUCAUGAAAUGGAAAAACUACAGCUGGUUUUACACAUUAGCAAUUUGUGGUAAAAAAAUAACAAAAAUAUUUUCAAGUUAAAUAUCCAUAGCCAUAA